AGAGGCAGAAGCUCGCAAUGGAUUUUAAACGGGGAAUAACCGAUAUGCCAUUUGAAAUUCUCAAUCUGAUAUUCGAAAACCUUGAUUAUUUAAGAUACAAAGUUUCCUUAGCACAGGCGCACGAAAAGCUUGCAAAAGCUUUCGCCUUUCACUGCCGCAACAAAUUUAGGUGUCUUUUGCUCGACACACAGUUAUCUCUAGAUUUGUGGGACUUUGUUAUACGGGAAUGUGGCCCCACGAUUGAAGAAUUUAUCUACGGGAGAUGUGGUAGAGCAGGGAGCAGUCUUGUACUCCCGACGGUUGCAAAACAUUGUCCCAAUUUAAAAUCGGUACGCAUAGUAUUCCAUUCACUUCAUCGGAAAAGCGUGCCUUCUUUCCUAGAAAGUAUGAAAAACUCUCUGACAUCGAUUGAAAUAAGCCAAGAAUUUUCCAAUCCGUCUACCAUGCUUUUAGUGGUGAGUGAAAUGACACAACUCAAGGAAUUUUUCUUUAAGGGAUUUGUGGACGAAAAUGUGAACCACUUGGAUAAAUUGAUUGCCCUGGAGAAGUUGAGCAUCGAAGAUCUGAAAUAUGUCAAGCCAUAUCAUGUGGACGUUCUUCGAAUUUGUGCAUCACUGAAGAAUCUGCGUAAUUUAACCUUAAUUAGGAUAAAAAUGUUGCCUUAUGAUGGGCCUUAUUCAACACUUUGGUCCUCCUUGAAAUACCUGCACGUGCAGCAUUGCACAUUCUCCGAGUUGCCAGACUGCCCAAAUAUCGAAUAUUUGAAUAUUGAAAACCCCACCUGUGACAUCGUAGGCUAUGCAUUGAAAUUUAUUCUUAGGAAUGGAAAAAAUCUCACAGAGCUUUAUGAAGACAGCUAUCCGCCGAUCGAUGCCAAUAGUUUUCUAGACAUGCUUCGCAGCUGCCCAAAACUUCGACUUCUGUGUAGUCCAAUGGAAUAUAUAAAACUCUACUCGGGCUAUCUGUCUUCUAUGGUGGAGAUUCUAAAGGAAAAUGGAGUAACGCCGGAGAACCCAUUAGAACUAAUUGUUAGUAGGCGCAUAAAGUGGAAGUGGUUUCGACGACUACUCCGUUGCACUCCGGAUAAUGAGUUGAUUGAUUUGUAUCAUACAUGGUAAACAUACAAUACUUCCAAAUAAAAAAUAAAAAUCAA